AUGGCAAACCUUUUAGAGGAGGUACAACUUUGGAAAACUUCAGCCGAAAGGGAAAAAGUUCGCAAUCUGGCGGAAGUUUAUGCGCUCAUCAAUUCCUUGCAGUUUCUACAGAAAGCUUUUAUCAAAGACUGCAUUAAAGAGGAUAAGUAUGCUUCCCUUUGUCGCAGACUGCUCUCUCAGCUUAAAGAGGCCUUUGUUCUCGUUAAAAAUGAGUAUCCUUCUUAUGAAGCUUGUAUUUAUUUGCACUGUUUAAAUUGUGUUUCUCUAAGGGUGUUUCCUUUCAUCAACUGUAUUCAGAUUCAACCAGAUAUUGAUUCCCUUUGGAAAGCCAUGAAUGGUCUUUCCAUUUUGCCUCCUAAUUUUGAUGGAAAGGAGAAAAUGAGGCAUUGGCUUGACGUGAUGGAGCCGAUGGGUGCAUCAGACUCCCUAACCACCGAACAAGGACGGCAACUUCAAUUUGAUGUGGAAACUGCCUACGGUCAAUUCAAGAGCAUAAUCCAAUAA